GGUGAGUGUGCGUGCGCUGAUCGCGGGGCUGACGCUGCUGGUACUAGGAAUUUUGUCCAGUUCGGCGCAGCCAAGCGAGACCGAUCGAAUACGCGCUUGUGGGAAGUUGAAGCAAGACGCCUGUCGGAUUGUCAAAGCAUGCACCUUCUGCCGCAGCAAAUGGGGCGAAUCGAUGUGUUUCUCGGCGAACCAGGUUGAUGGGCUUCCGGCUGACAUCUACCCGUGCAAAUAUUAUCAAAACACUCCUACAGCCUCAAGUUGUGAUGGCCUGGACAAAGAUGAGUGCAAAGGAGCGGGGUCCUGCGCUUGGUGUGAGAGCGCUGCAGUAGGGAACUCCUGCUAUCCAGCGGCGGACGCCAAGCGCCUGCCUCCGGCCAUCUUCAACUGCACCACAAGUGUGGCAGCAGCAAGCUUGAAGCCGGCGGCCCCAUCGCCUGCCACAGAGGUGGCUAGGGGCGAGCAGGAUGCACCAUCGCUGCUUGAUGCGGGGCUGGACAGCAGGCAAGGCAGCCAGAGUGGCGGGGGUGUGUCUGCACAACAGAAAUCCAGCGCGGAUGCUGGUGGGAGGCCGCAGGAGUUCUCAUUUGCCACCCGGGUCAGCAACUCGCUGAAAGCUGGCCAGGCCAACGAUUUGGCAGCGCCCUGAGUGGGGAGUAUUGCCAGAUGAUGAAGUGCAUGAAGCAUGUGCAAAUUUUUGAGCCUGUAAUAGCGCUAUUAUUUUCCUGGAUAGUUGCGCACUUGCAAGCGAUUGAGCGAUAUAGUUUAUUUUGGACUCCUGCGUGAAUGAUGUAGAGAGUGUAGAUGUCAGAUAGGCAUGGAUGCCAUCCCUCUGCGCAAGACCCCUUUGCACAAGUUUGCCAAGUGGUUGAGAGCAUGUUUUUUACCUUUUCUUUCGUUGUCCACUGCAUGUCUUUUGCGUGUCCUUUGCAACCUGUUCCUAUGUGCACAUGUGGCAUGUGAGGUAAUCGACCAUGUAGCCAAUGGUAUACCUGCGCAGCUAGAGCAUGUCUGUAGUGCGAUCUACAAGUGACUUGGAACCAGUCCCUUGCUAGGGGAACAAUCGUAGCUCAAGAACUUGCCCGUCAUGUGGGGUUCAACGUUGGUCUAUAGACAUUGUAUUCUGCCAGACGUCUGUUGACAGCUGCAUUAUAGAGUGGAUUGAGAGAAUCAUUGUAAAAAAUAAUUUGUG